UCUCUCCACGAGAAAAUCCCAAGCUCCCGCCUUCCCGCUUCUUCUUGAAUCUUACUAACUUGUAGUGGUAAGUAAUAUACUACUCCCUAUAGAAUACUACAAAGAAGUAGAAAGAUAAAGUAGAUAGAUUUGGAUAUUGAGAUAGAGAAAGAGAAACAAGAUACAGAAGAAACAGAGAUAAAGGAGGGCAAAAUAUCAACAGUAGUGAGUGAGGGAGAGCAUGUGGAGGAGCUUCUUCUCUGGAGAUGGAUACCCCAGAGAAGACCCAGAUCAGCUCUUCACUCUCAAAGUUUGAGGAUUCCCCAGUCUUUAACUAUAUCAACAGCCUUUCUCCUAUCAAGCCAGUCAAAUCCGUACACCUUACGCAGACAUUCAACCCGCUUAGUUUUGCCUCACUUCCGUCUAUCUUCACAUCACCCCAUCUCAUCUCUCACAAGGAAUCUAGAUUCCUGAAAAGGCAUAGCUAUACAGAUACAUCCAAACCUGAGUUAUCUUCUGGAGAGGGGACUAAAGUUAGUACAAAUGAAGAGGCUGGUGUCGAAGCAGGUCAGCUGUGUGGUAGCUCUGCUGAGUUGCAGGAGAAUUUUGAUCCAGGAGUUUCCCUGGGAGAAGCUUCUCUUGAGCUGCCUAAUGAAGCUUCAAGGUUUGCAAUUGAGCUGCCACGAACCUUGAAGUAUGAUUGUGGUAGCCCCAACUGUGACCCAGCACCUUGUGUUAUUGAGACAAAUUGUGUCUCAGAAUCGAAUUGCGCAUCUGUCUCAAUUGUUCCAUUUGUUCAAGAGGCCUCUGAAAAAGGUUUAUCUGAUGGUGGAGUGGAAGUAGCGGGCGUUUGCCAGAUUGAGCAAAAAAGGGAAAAUAUAGGAUGUGACUGGGAAAAUUUGAUUUCUGAUACAGCUGACCUAUUGAUUUUUAAUUCCCCUAAUGGUUCAGAGGCUUUUAGGGAUGUAAUUCAGAAAUCACUGGACCCAGAUACAAGAUUUUGUGCUACUCUUAUUUCUCGGUUCCCACAGAAUGAUAUCAAUGAAGUGUCAGAAACUACUAUUGAUUCUGAUAAACACAAAGAUCCUUCUCUGCAAACUGGAGAAGCCGGGGAGCUGAAGGAAAUAACCCAUGCACAUGGAAAUUUUGAGAAUGCUCGUCUGACCAACUGCAUGUCUGGCAGUCUGACUGAUAAUGUGGAGACUGGGAUGUGUGCCCCAUUUUCUUUUAAGCCUGGUUCUAAUUUGCAUCGUGGAUUGAGGAGGCGCUGUUUAGACUUUGAGAUGCUGGCAGCUCGGAGGAAGAACUUAGUUGACGGUUCCAAUACCAGUUCUUCUGUAGAUAACCAAUUUGUGCCUAGUAAGCCUGGCAAUGAUUCCUCAAGGCGCAUUUUACCAGGAAUUGGUUUGCACUUAAAUGCUCUUGCAACAACUUCAAGGGAUAACAAGAAUAUCAAGCAUGAAACUUUAUCUUCUGGUACACAAAAGCUAAGUUUCCCUAGCUCCACUACAUCCAUUUUACUCCCCACAGCAGGUCAGGAAGCUGUUCAUGAAUCGUUGACUUCAGUCUCUACUGAAAGAGAAACAGAUCCUGUUGAAAAUGGGGUUCAACUUGCAGAAGAUGCUUCUCAGGCAUCUACCUAUUUAGUUAAUGAAGAGUUCAAUCAGAAUAGUCCCAAAAAGAAGAGACGGAGAUUGGAACAAGCUGGAGAGACCGAGGCCUGUAAGCGUUGCAACUGCAAGAAGUCAAAGUGUUUGAAACUCUACUGCGAAUGCUUUGCUGCUGGCGUAUACUGCAUAGAGCCAUGUUCAUGUCAAGACUGCUUUAAUAAGCCUAUCCAUGAAGAUACUGUUCUUGCAACUCGCAAGCAGAUUGAAUCUCGUAACCCACUUGCAUUUGCUCCCAAAGUGAUCCGGAGCUCUGAUUCUAUACCUGAAGUUGGGGAUGACUCUACCAAAACUCCAGCUUCAGCUCGACAUAAAAGAGGAUGCAACUGCAAGAAAUCAAGUUGCCUGAAGAAAUAUUGUGAAUGCUAUCAGGGUGGUGUUGGAUGCUCCAUCAACUGCAGAUGUGAAGGGUGUAAGAAUGCAUUUGGUAGAAAGGAUGGAUCUGCUAUAGUGGAAACAGAAGAAGAGCCAGAAGAAGAAGAAACAGACCCCUGUGACAAGAAUGGGGUGGAGAAAAAUUUAGAGAAAACUGACAUCUUGGAUAAUGAGGAGCAAAAUCCAGUUUCUGCUCUCCCAACAACUCCACUACAGCUUUGCAGAUCUUUGGUUCAGCUGCCAUUUUCAUCAAAGAGCAAACCACCACGGUCCUUUAUUGCCAUUGGAUCAUCUUCCACACUGUAUAAUGGUCAAAGAUACGGAAAGCCAAAUAUUAUUCGGCCUCAAAACAUCGUCGAAAAACAUUUCCAAACUGUUACAGAAGAUGAAAUGCCUGAGAUUCUACGAGGCAAUUGCUCUCCUGGUACUGGCAUCAAGACUUCUUCUCCCAACAGUAAGAGGAUCUCUCCUCCUCAAUGUGAGUUAGGUUCAACCCCUGGUCGGAGGAGUGGCCGGAAGUUGAUAUUGCAGUCAAUACCUUCAUUUCCCUCUCUUACUCCUCAGCAUUAAAAUGGCAACUUUCCAGUUUCCAUAAAGUUAAGAUGAAAUUUUUUUAAUCUUUGCUCUGUUAGAGAGUAUGCCGUUCGCCUUUAGGCUGUAUCUGUAUAAUAAAAUUACAUCUUGCGUCCAUAAUGUUCAACUACUCCUGUAUAAUAUGGAAUCUUGUAUCUCUAUUUUCCAAGCUCAAUUUUGUAAAUUUCAUUAUGGUUCUCAGCUUCUCUA